GAGAAGGGAGAGCUGAGCUGAUGAUGGAUUAUGUCGGCCAAAUUUGUAUUUAUCUUUAAGGAAGAUCAACGUGGCGGCCGUGCCCAUACGACAGACUAGCAGCCAAGUGGGAAACUAAUGCUAUCUGCCUCUGCAUAUUUCUCUCUAUAUAAAUUUUAACAUCUUUUAUAUGUAUGUUUACACCCAUACAGCUACCACAUAUAUAUGAGAAUAAUUUCUGAGGCAAACAAUUUUCAUGGAUCGAAACUAGAGUCAUCUUCAUCUUAUCUGUUUUCGUCAUGAGCCUCAAUCUAUACUUUCAGAAACAGCAAGAGUUUUAGUUAACAUCUUUCAGUUGUUCAUGAUGGAAGGUGAAUUUUGUUCAUCAAAGACUUCUACAAGAAACAUGAACACAGAGAAGCGGAAGCAAGGGCAACAACAAGAGAAAAAGCCAUACAAAGGGAUAAGGAUGAGAAAGUGGGGAAAGUGGGUGGCUGAAAUUAGAGAACCAAACAAGAGAUCUAGAAUAUGGCUUGGUUCUUACACUACUCCUAUAGCUGCAGCACGAGCCUAUGAUACUGCCGUUUUCUAUCUUAGAGGCCCUUCUGCUCGUCUUAAUUUUCCUGAAUUGAUUUUCCAAGAUGAUGAUCUUCGAGACAUGUCUGCCGCUUCUAUACGCAAGAAAGCUACAGAAGUUGGAGCUAGGGUUGAUGCCUUACAAACUGCUCUCCAUACAUCACAAUCACAAUCACAAUCAGAAUCCAAUUCUACCACUCGCUCAUCCGAGAAGCCUGAUUUAAACAAGUAUCCCAACCCAGAAAGUUCUGAUGAAGAUUGAAAGAGAUCAAAUAAACAUAUAUAGAACUCACCUGUACUGUUGAUGAUCAGUUUUUAUCUUUGAUUAAUUUCAACUUAUAGCGCAAAAAAAUGGAACCAAAAAGGAUUCUGUUUGAUUAGGUUUAGCUAGAUAGCUCCUUUAAGUUUAAUCAUCAUCUACAAUCUCUCAGUUGUAACAUGGUAGAUGGUAAACGAGGAUAUAGUUAGUAAUUAGUCAAUGUGUUUAAUUAAUUUUUUUUCUCUUUUUUUUUUUCUAGUCUGUGAUUUAAAUAUUUAUGUAAAUGUAAUAUUGAAGUUGAAGAAAUUUUAAUGGAAUAGGAAGAAGGAUUGGGUGGACGUGGAAA